AGACUACGGGCGAGGCAUAGUGGUAAAUGCAAACUCCCGAUUGAUUUCGGACUGAGCCGUGCGCCCCCCGCGCUCUCCCCUCCCCUCCCUUCGGGCCGCCCUCAUCUUAGAUUCAACGCCUGAAGUGCAUUCGGAUUAUGGAUAAUUGGCCAGGAUAUGACUUGAAUUUAUUCACGUACCCGCAGCACUAUUAUGGAGAUUUGGAAUAUGUCCUCAUACCUCACGGCAUCAUUGUGGACAGAAUUGAGCGGCUGGCCAAGGAUAUCAUGAAAGACAUAGGAUACUGCGACAUCAUGGUCCUGUGCGUGCUUAAAGGAGGUUACAAGUUCUGUGCCGACCUUGUAGAACACCUUAAGAAUAUCAGUCGAAAUUCAGAUAGAUUUGUCUCUAUGAAGGUUGAUUUCAUCAGGCUAAAAAGUUACAGGAAUGACCAGUCCAUGGGCGAGAUGCAGAUAAUUGGAGGCUACGACCUUUCAACACUGGCUGGAAAGAAUGUCCUCAUCGUUGAGGAUGUUGUCGGCACGGGGAGAACCAUGAAAGCGCUGCUCAGUAGCAUAGAGAAAUACAAGCCCAACAUGGUUAAGGUGGCCAGUUUGUUGGUGAAGAGAACACCUAGAAGUGAUGGCUUUAGACCCGACUAUGCUGGAUUUGAGAUUCCAAACUUAUUUGUGGUGGGUUAUGCCUUAGAUUACAAUGAAUACUUCAGAGAUCUGAAUCACAUAUGCGUGAUCAAUGAACACGGCAAAGAAAAGUAUCGAGUCUAAAGUAUUAAAUUCUCACCAUCGAACCUCCAGAUAACAUCAUCCUUCUAACUACAUUCAGGAAGCCAGCGUUUAAAGUUUGUCUCCUCCGGCGUCUUCACUCAGCAGGAUAGAAAAGAAAAAAUGUUUUAAUGAGAGAGCUUUCUUUUCUGAGACUAUAACACAGAGAAUAUCGAAGGUUCUUAAGGAAAAGAAAGCAAUGCUUUUAUUUGACUCGUUCCAAAUUAAACACUCCGCCUUGUGACUAACAGUUCUGGCGACCUUUACACUCCUGAGCUCCAUCUUCUUUUCUUUUCUUAUGUUGUGCUUGAUUCCUAUACCCCUACCUAGUUACUCAAAUAUUUCACUUACCAUUACCCUUUUUUUUUUUUUAAAUAAAUACUCUAUUUUUGGUAACCGUUCACAGUCUUAAGAACCUGGAAGCCUUUUAAGUUAAGCUCCGAGCCCAUACGUAUACUGGGAAGGCAACUAAAUUCCCAUACUAAAAAAAGGAGGGAAAGGACAAUUUAAUAUAAAUUUCUGUUUGUGCUCUUCUGACAGGCUGUCAUUAUCCGCUUUGACAAAGCCUUUCUGAGCCGCAGUGUACAAUGCAUUUUAAUGAUGUUAUGAACUGAGAUUUGCUCAGUGCUCUUGAUUGGUGCUUCCGGUAUGUGAUAACGGUAUGUCAUGUGUGCAUGGAUGUACUCAACUGUGCUUAAUACUUUGAAUUUUAAUGAGAAAAAAUACAAUGGCAGCAAGGCCCCGGUUUCUAAGUGGCAUCCUUUUAUUCAUGUGGGACAUGAGCAAAUGGCAGGGUUAGGGGGAGGGGCAAGAGCGUUCAAUGCUCAAGACUAAGCAAGUAUAAUUUUUUCCUCUUAUUUGCGCCAAAGGAAAAAACACUCAUGUAUUAUCCUAAACAGGAACAGAGAGGUCGAAUUAUUAUUUUAAGUGGUCUUAGAAGAUUGAUCACAAAAUCCGAGGCACUGUAGGAAAAAAAAAGUGUACUUGAAAAAGUUUUUUUCUGAAGAAAUUUUUUCCAUGUUCUCUGUUUUGUGAGAUGUUUUCUAAUUUAUAAGGAUUUUAAUUGACAGUAAACUCGAGUGCCAAUAGAGCUGUUUUUUUCUCACUUCCUAAAAGGAGCAAAUGCAAAAUAAAUAACUAAGCAGCCUUUGUUUCCGAACCGUAUGUGGCAUAUUGUUAUCAGGUUCUAGCUUCCUUUAAACUAAUAAAGAAUAAGAAACCUUGUUAUGUUUCAUAA